AGAAGAAAAGCUCAAUAACCAAUUUUCCCUCUUUGGCUCUCCGUGAAAAUGGCUCUAAGUCGAAAGUCCAAAAUUGGGGUCUCUGUUGUCAUCUUCUUAUUAGUCGUGGGGUCUCUGUUUUCCAUCCUUGCGAGAUUCAGAGUGUUUAAGAAACGUGGAAAACCCAUUUCGGAAUCAGCUCGUCCACCGUCAGUUUCACCAACACCGCCGCCGGUGAACGGCCCUACAUUUGUACCACUGAGAAAAUCUAACUUGAAGGUCAACAAUGGCGGAACUGAUAUGCCAGAAUCACUGAAUCGUCACAGUGCAGUUCAUCUCGGCUUUAUGGCUCAUCCACAGUCAGUUUCAGCAACACCACCGUCGCCGUAUCAACAGGCAAAUGGCACUACAUUUGUACCAGUGAGAAAAUCGAACUUGAAGGUCAACAGUGGCGGAACUGAUAUGCCGGAAUCACUGAAUCACAGUCCAGUUUAUCACAGCUUUUUGGCUCAUCCACCAUCAGUUUCAGCAUCACCGUCGCCGUAUCAACAGGCGAACGGUCCUACAUUUGUACCAGGGAGAAAAUUGAACUUGAAGGUCAAAAAUGGCAGAACUGAUAUGCCGGAUCUCUGAAUCACAGUCCAGUUCAUCUCGUAUCGUCUCUGAAAGUUCAAGAAAUGAUGAAUACUCAAAUUGAUUCAAGUUCAAGAAAUCAUAUCUCAUUCUUUG